UUUUCCCCCCCCCUAUUUGCUGUCUAUGCAGUGAAAUCGGACACCUUUUUUCAAUUGAAUCUCCACCCCUCUCCUCUCUAACGAAACGCCGUCAAAUUCCUUAAGUCUUCAGUACGUCUUUGUUCAUGGCGAAGUGUUAAAUUUGCAUAGCCUAGAUUACAUAGGCUACCCGCUGUUUAUCGAGUUUAAUCAUCUUGACCAAAUAUUUUUCAAAUGACUUUUAGAAAUCAUGCCACGUAGGCUAGGUCUACUCAGCUUUUGGGACUAACUUGAAGAACUGAAACGUCGAGGGUUGAGAAUACGAUAAGGAGUUGUGUAGGCUAUGUAGCGGAGACCAGGAAAACUAAAAAGUUUGAAACCCGCUGUAACGGAAAUAGCCUAAUGAAACAAUCUAAUCUCUUAUAUAUACCCGGGAAGCAGGGUGGAAAAUCCGAGUCAUAAGGGGAUCACUGGCGACUAACGAAACCCCUUCACCUUGUAAACCUCCAUACCUCUACACAGCUGUGGAAGACAGAUGGAGGGAGAGAAGGAGCGAGAGAGGGAGAGAGGGGAAGAAAAAGAGAGUGAUGACAUGGAGGACGGCACAGAGGGGGCAGCACUACUGUGGGAGAAGAGCUACCCUGAGGAUGAGCUUGGCUUACCCAUCAUGCAUUGGGAGGCUCUGGGCCUGCGGAUCGAAGAACUCGAGAAACAAGAGGAGGAGAGGAGAGAAAAGGAGGGUGUUGGAAGACUUCCAGACUGGAUAAAGCGUCAGGAUCUGGGAAUCCACAGAGACACCUGGGAAGACGGAGACGCCCUCAAUAGCCGCGUGACUGCGCUCACGUCACGUUUUCAGAGUCAUAUGAAUCUGCAGCUGUGCUUCAUCAAUGAUAGUGAAAGCGAGGAGGACGAUGUCAAGGAAGAAACUACCAAGAGGGCAGGAAAGAGGUUGGCACAGCCGGCUUCUCCAAAGGCCACUAGAAAUAAGAGCAAACCAACAGGUUUCAAGAUGGAAGUCAGAGCUGCUCUGAAUGCCCUCAGAGAUAAACUGUGGACGGAACAGAAACAGGAGAACUCUUCACUUCAUAAGAAACUGAAUAAGAAGAAGCCACUUGGCUGGAGUGAGUUACAGAAGCUCAGCCUCAAGGAGCUCACGGCAUUACGGACCUCACUCAGCAAAGACAUUCAAGACCUUAGCUCAGAGCUAGUUGGUCGCCUUCUGUCACGGGACCAGCUGAAGACGGAGCAGGAUGCGAUGCUUCUGGAAGUGCAAGACAUGACAGCACUCUGAUGCUGGCACCUUCAGACUGCUGCUAGAACAAAACAAUCUUACUGUGAAAAGCUUAAUCGGUCUUAAAGACUUGGAAUUGCACAGCGUUUUUUUUAAAACAUUUCUUCAUAAGGGAACUUUUUCAGAAUGUUGACUGCAUGAUGUAUCAGGGCACGUGCCCUAUAUUAAUCCUUCUCUAUAUUUUAUUGCUCUGGAAACUCUUUUUUUGAGAAAUGACAUGCUCGCAAACAUACCUCAUAUCACCUGGUUAUACUGGCCACCUUCCGUUCCUUUGGGACUAUAAUAAUUACACAAUCAUUAAAGACACAAGAAAUAACUUCAAACCUGCCAAACAUUUUGGUUCUUGUGAUCCUGCAUUUAAAAGGGAAGGGAUUAACAAUAUUGUUCUUUCUUUUGCUUGAGCAGUGGUGUCACACAUUGCCUGAUUGUUUUUUUAUUGUUAUUUUAUAUUUCAAAAACAUGCAACUGAGCUGAUAUUACUGUCGAAGAUGGUUUUACAUUCUUGUAUUAUCUCAACAAAUAUAUGUUUUAAUGACUCAAAACUCUGGAGAUAAAGGGAAAAACAUAGAUAGAAGCUUUCUAAUGACUCAAAACUCUGGAGAUAAAGGGAUACACAUAGAUAGCAGCUUUCUAAUUGUAAUGAAAGCACUGUGUCAGCCAUCGCCAACAAGAGCUUUUGCUAUGGUCACAUGAUGAAAUGUGGGCCAACACUAUUUAGGGCCAACACAGCAGUGUAUGUGGGUGUAUACAUUGUCAAGCAGGUCAUGACUGAUUUUGUGUGUUAUUGUCAAUGAUUUGUACAGUCUUGUUUUGUAUUCCUUUAAUAAAUGAGAGGUUUUGCCCGUGUAUCCAUGAGUACUGUAGUAUGGUCAUUAACUUUAAUGGCAGUGUUGUGGCGUAGUGAACUACAUGUAAUUAAACUAAUAGUUUAACUACAUUUUGCAGUAGCUUGCUGGUUCAACUACAUUCAUAUCUGCAUGGUGAUUCAAGUAGUUACAUUUCUUUUUGCCAUUUGUUGUGUAGUUAAUUACUGAAACUACAAACAAUUUUGGACCAUAAAAGGAAAUGAUGUUUUUCCUGUUUUAGUUGUCAGAUAAUACAAAACCCAGAUUUGUUUACAACAAAAAUAUAACAUUCCUUUUUGUAAAACUAAAAUGUAAUGUAUUAGGUUUCAAUUGGUCAUACGUAUUGAUUAUUGCUAUUUAUUACUAAAUGUUCUGAGAAGGUGUUUUAUGCUAUUUUAGAAGUUACCUGGCUAACUGAGUAAUCCUGCUUGGUGCAAUACCCCCACAUGGACUCUAGUUUCUGGAAGACAGGUGUCUUUCCCAUGAAUAGUGGGGUAUUUCACUUUAUUUUUUUGGUUUAUGUAAGACAGGUGAACAAAUCUGUACUUAACUUUUAACUUCUUAACUGUACUUGCAAUAAACUUAAUUGAGUGGUA